GCCGGGGGAGCCCAACGCCAGCCUGCUGCUCGGCUCAGGUUCACACGCGCGCCCGCGCGCCGCCACUGUUUGUACACAGUGCGCUCUUGGCCUCAGGCUCGCUCCCCUCCAGCUCACGCUUCAUUGUUCUCCAAGUCAGAAGCCCCGCAGCCGCGGCGGCAGCGGCAGCAGCGUGAGCCGGAGUCACUGCUGGCUGCUCCGCCCGCGGUGCGCGCACGGAAGUCGGGGAGCCGGGAACCCCGGGAGCCCGCGCUCCGCCCGCUGCGCCUCGGCCAGGACCCACCCGCAGCGCCGGCGGAGCCCCAGCCGCUCUCCAGCGCCUCCUCCUCGGCGCACCCCAGCGCAAGCGAAGCGGAGGCAGCGGGGGACACCCUUUCUCUGGGGGCCAUCACUCUUUAUCAUCCCUUCCCAAGAAUUUGUUUGAGGAAGCGCUGCGGGAGAAAGGCAUCCUCCUGAAUCCCUGACAGGGGCGGGGUCUACUGCUGUCCUGCAGGGCCACUUCGCCUACAGUGCCCUCCGCUGCAACCCCGGACCUGCCCGGGUCACGUCUGCGAAACGGAAUCAUGAAGCGCUUGGUAGCUGCCUGGCUUCUGGUUGGACUCAGCCUCGGUGUGCCUCAGUUCGGCAAAGGCGACAUUUGCAACCCCAAUCCAUGUGAAAAUGGUGGCAUCUGUCUGUCGGGAUUGGCUGAUGAUUCCUUUUCCUGUGAGUGUCCAGACGGCUUCACAGAUCCCAACUGCUCUAGUGUUGUGGAGGUUGCAUCCGAUGAAGAAGAGCCUACUUCAGCAGGUCCCUGCAUCCCCAACCCAUGCCACAACGGAGGAACCUGUGAGAUAAGCGAAGCAUAUCGAGGAGACACAUUCAUAGGCUAUGUUUGUAAAUGUCCCCGGGGGUUUAAUGGGAUUCACUGUCAGCACAAUAUAAAUGAAUGUGAAACUGAGCCUUGCAGAAAUGGUGGGAUAUGUACAGACCUCGUUGCUAACUAUUCCUGCGAAUGCCCAGGAGAAUAUAUGGGAAGAAAUUGUCAACAUAAAUGCUCCGGGCCAUUGGGAAUCGAAGGCGGGAUCAUAUCCAAUCAGCAGAUCACAGCGUCAUCUACCCACCGAGCUCUUUUUGGACUCCAGAAGUGGUAUCCCUAUUAUGCUCGGCUAAAUAAGAAGGGACUUAUAAACGCCUGGACAGCUGCUGAAAAUGACAGGUGGCCGUGGAUUCAGAUAAAUUUGCAAAGAAAAAUGAGAGUUACUGGUGUUAUUACCCAAGGAGCCAAAAGGAUUGGCAGCCCAGAAUACAUAAAAUCCUACAAAAUCGCCUACAGCAAUGAUGGGAAGACCUGGACCAUGUACAAAGUGAAAGGCACCACUGAGGACAUGGUGUUCCGUGGAAAUGUUGAUAACAACACCCCCUAUGCUAACUCUUUCACGCCCCCAAUCAAAGCUCAAUAUGUCAGACUCUAUCCCCAAAUUUGUCGAAGGCACUGCACAUUAAGAAUGGAGCUUCUUGGCUGUGAGCUUUCAGGCUGUUCAGAACCUCUGGGGAUGAAAUCAGGGCAUAUCCAAGACUACCAGAUCACGGCCUCCAGCGUCUUCAGAACACUCAACAUGGACAUGUUCACCUGGGAACCACGGAAAGCCCGGCUGGACAAACAAGGCAAAGUAAAUGCUUGGACAUCUGGCCACAACGACCAGUCACAGUGGUUACAGGUUGACCUUCUUGUCCCUACCAAAGUGACAGGCAUCAUCACACAGGGCGCUAAGGAUUUUGGUCACGUGCAGUUUGUCGGUUCGUACAAACUAGCCUACAGCAAUGACGGGGAACACUGGACUGUGUACCAGGAUGAGAAACAGAGGAAAGAUAAGGUUUUUCAAGGCAAUUUUGACAACGACACUCACAGGAAAAAUGUCAUCGACCCUCCCAUUUAUGCUCGGCACGUAAGGAUCCUUCCUUGGUCCUGGUAUGGAAGGAUCACUCUGCGGUCAGAGCUGCUGGGCUGCACAGAGGAGGAAUGAAGGACUGCACAUCCCAUCAUGCUUUUCUUUAUUUCCCUACAAGUAGCUCCAUGAAAUGAACUGUGCAAAGUCUGAUGGAAACUGAAUGGGUUCUCUUUUUCUCCUGAAAAAGUGUUCAAAUUUAAUGGUAGGCUACUAACUGUCUUUGAAGGGGGUCUAAGCCUGCCUUUUCAAUAACUUAACUUUGUUUUUAUUGCACAACUAUCUUAAGUUACAUCACACUAUCUGUGAAUUACCAUCCUUGUUCUCUGAAUUAUAUACAUUAGUUGAAGCACAGUAGGCAAAGCAAGUCCUCCUUCUACAGCAGAGGUAAAGAAAGUCCUAGUUAUCAGAUAGAAGAGUUAGGAAAGAUUUCAUGGUUAUUGUUCAACCAACACUUAUAAAGCAUUCAGUUUUAGCAAUAAGAUUUUUUUCUAUAAUGAAUUGGAUUAUCUAGAUUGUUUCCCUGUGCCUAACACUGUUAGUGUUUAUUACAAAGAUUUGGAGAAGACUAUAUGAUAUGCAGUACCAAUCAAUAUAACAAUUCUAUUUUUAUUUUCUUAAUUUCUAAUAAAAAAUAAGUUCUUUA